AUGUCUAUCGUGAAUUGUUGUGAUGAUGUGUGGAUUGAGAUUUUUUCAUUUCUUGAACCGUUGGAUAUCAUUGCCAGUGUUUCUGGAACAUGUAAAAGGCUGAAUGAGCUUUCGGAGAUGUGUUUCUUCUUACUUGAUUCAUCACAAGAUUUUAAACAAGAUUAUUCAAAUUUUGAGGAUUAUGUAAAACUUAAAUUAUUGAAUGAUCAAAUCCAAAUCAGAUAUGAAGAAAAUGAGUACUACAUUCCGAUCAUGAGAAAUAGCAAAUAUUUCAUUAGACACUAUUUGUUGAAAUUGUCAGUCAAGUUAUCUGAAAGUAUUGGACCACCAUGGCGCUAUGAUCGCAAUCGUGCUUUGUCUUCUGCGAUUUCUGAAGACAUUGAGCUUUUUCAAUUUUAUUUAUCACGGUUUGGAUUUGACAAUUCCAAUACCUUACUACAAAUGAAAGACAUUGACAUUGAUACAACAAAUAUGUAUACCAUCAAAACUGUGCUAGUUGGUGACCAUGGGGUUGGAAAAUCGACUCUUUUCACCUCUCUCACCAGGGAACAAUUUUCGUCAGCAAGACGCCGAAUGGGUGAAGAAAUUUCCGGAAAGCAUGUUGAAUUUUUGAACCACAAAUUUAUCGUACAGUUAUGGGACUCUGUUUGUGAGAGCUUCUUUUAUAUUCCAAAGAUAGUGGUGAGAUAUUGUAAUUUUGCUGUGUAUUGUUUUUCUGUUUCUAAUCGAAAGUCAUUAUUGAGAUAA